AUGACACACAGCAACAAGGCACCGCCGGCCGCCACCCGGCAGCCUUUCCCGUGCGCCGAGGACGAGGACUGCGGCCCCGAGGAGUUCUGCGGGGGGGCGGCCCGCGGCGGGGGGGCCCCGCUGUGCCUCUCCUGCCGGAGGCGCCGCAAGCGCUGCCUGCGCGAUGCCAUGUGCUGCCCCGGCAUGACCUGCAGCAACGGUGAGCGCAGGGGCUGCGGGCUGGGGGCACUCCAGACGUGGCCGCAGGAGGGAAGUGGGAGGGGGGUGGAGUCCCGCCCGUGGCUGACAGCCGCCCCACUGCCCCCCGCAGGCGAGGAGGGCGACCUGUGCCUGCGCUCGUCGGACUGCGCGGCCGGGCUGUGCUGCGCCCGCCACUUCUGGUCCAAGAUGUGCAAGCCGGUGCUGCGGGAGGGGCAGGUGUGUACCCGGCACCGGCGGAAAGGCUCCCACGGGCUGGAGAUCUUCCAGCGCUGCCACUGUGCCGAGGGCCUGGCGUGCCGCCUGCAGCGGGAGCUCGGCCCCGGGGACGCGCCCCGCCUGCACACCUGCCAGCGGCACUGA